AUGCGAAAACCCAGUAGUGACCGUCACAGGAAUCGAAGCAAGGACCGGUGUACCGAAAGCAACAUAACCAGGCGCAAAGAGGACAGUAGAGAAAAAGAAACAAAUAACACUGACAGAGAAAGAUCACAUACACAGAAUCACAAUCGUGAACGAGGUCGUAGCUCUUACAGAGACUUCCAUGGUGGUUUUGGUGGACUCGGUGGAGGUCUAGGCAGUGGUGGACCUGGACCAAAAGGCAGGUACAAACCACAAGAGGAGGAGUUCUUAGAUGCAAGACGGGAGGAAAGAGAGAGAAUAGGACAAAUUGGAGUUUCCUCAGUUUGGGGAAAAUCACCUUUAAGACCUGAUUCUGAUGAGGAGCCUUCACAACCAAAUAACUCUGAAAAGAAGAAAGAGAAAAAAAAGUCCAGGAAGUCGAAGGACAAACAGGACACAAAACAAAAAUUAAAAAAGUUAAAAAAGAAGUUGAAAAAAGUGAAAAAGGCACGUAAAAAAGCUAAGAAGAAGAAAUCAAAGAGCUCCAGCAGUGAUUCUAGUUCCAGUAGUGAAGAGGAAAUCUGGGUGGAAAAAGGAAAGGAGCACGAAAUUGAAACCAUUUCACAAUCACGUACAGCAAGCAAGAAAGACGAAGAUCUGUGUGCGGAGACUGUAGGUCCAGUGCCACGUAGUGCUGGCGUUUUGGGUGCGAAGGACUUCGGUCGCGCGUUAUUACCCGGCGAGGGAGCUGCCAUGGCAGCCUUCGUGGCUGAAGGCAAGAGGAUUCCUCGCCGUGGAGAGAUCGGACUCACCUCCGAGGAGAUCGCAUCUUACGAGGCCGUUGGAUACGUCAUGAGUGGCAGCAGACACCGUCGUAUGGAGGCCGUGCGUAUCCGCAAGGAGAACCAGAUCUACUCUGCGGACGAAAAGCGUGCCCUGGCCGCAUUUAGCAAGGAGGAACGAGCAAAGCGAGAGAACGCGAUACUGGCGCAGUUCCGCGAUGUUCUGCAGGCGCGCAAGCAGAGGCGGGACAACACUUAG